AUGUCAAUAACAGCAAAUGAUGCUUAUGAUGCUCAACCUUUUAUGGAGUUAACAGCAGAAUGGAAUAAAGAUCCUAAUGCCUACUUGAAACGAUAUUAUACCCUUUAUUAUAAAAAAGAAGAUAAUCUAUAUGUGCGACAGGCACCCAACAAGAUUUGUGUAUUGGGAUUAUUAGAAGCAUCAGCAGACAACAUCAAAUCCAUCAAGUUCAAUACAGAUCUUAUUGGACAAAACAUAAAAAAGAACACAGUGUUGUGUGAACUGACAGGAAGUGAUGAUCAAACGAGAUCAGUACAUGCAUUUAUGGAGGGUAAAUUAUUAGAAUUCAAUACAGCCUUGACAGACAAUCUCGACUUAUUAUUCAAUCGAUCACUUGAUUAUGGAUUCCUUGCUGUGAUUAUGCCAAAACAUGAAAACUCAAGUAUUCAACUUAAAGAGUACCAAACUGAUGUAUAA